AUGGUUCACCUAGCCCAAGUUACAAAAGACCCUUCAAAGGGCGAGAGUAGUGAAUUUGGCCACCCUCGACGUCGUGCUUCGGUGGUUCCUGGUCUCGAGCACAUCUCUCUGGAGCCUCCUGGGGAAGAUGAGUUCUCCACGUCUGUCUAUGGCUCCCGCUUUGCUGCCGAGGAUCUUCCAUCGCACGAGAUCCCCGAGAAAGAGAUGCCAAAAGAGAUUGCGUAUCGAAUGAUCAAGGAUGAGCUUAGUCUGGAUGGCAAUCCUAUGCUGAACUUGGCAAGCUUUGUCACGACGUUCAUGGAAGACGAAGCCGAGAAGCUCAUGACCGACUCCUUCUCUAAGAACUUCAUUGACUACGAGGAAUACCCCCAGUCAGCUGAGAUCCAGAAUCGUUGCGUCAACAUGAUUGCUCGUCUCUUCAACGCGCCUGAGUCUGAGGACGGGAAGAACGCAAUGGGAACCUCCACGAUCGGAUCGAGCGAGGCCAUCAUGCUUGCUGUCUUAGCCAUGAAAAAGAGAUGGGCAAACAAACGUAAAGCAGAAGGAAAGGAUUUCUCCAGACCCAACAUAGUCAUGAACAGUGCCGUCCAGGUGUGCUGGGAAAAGGCUGCUCGCUACUUUGACGUUGAGGAGAAAUAUGUGUACUGCACCGAGGACCGCUACGUCAUUGACCCGGAGGAAGCUGUCAACCUGGUUGAUGAGAACACCAUUGGUAUCUGUACCAUUCUCGGUCUGACCUAUACCGGCGAGUACGAAGACACCCAAAUGAUCAACGACCUGCUGGUUGAGAGAGAGAUUGAUUGCCCAAUUCAUGUGGAUGCGGCAUCCGGCGGCUUUGUCGCUCCUUUUGUCAAUCCCAACCUGGUCUGGGACUUCCGCCUGCCCAAGGUUGUCAGCAUCAAUGUCUCGGGUCACAAGUAUGGUCUGGUGUAUCCUGGUGUCGGCUGGGUUGUCUGGAGGUCACCCGAGUACUUGCCCAAGGAACUGGUCUUCAACAUCAACUAUCUCGGCGCUGACCAGGCUUCCUUCACCUUGAACUUCAGCAAAGGUGCUAGCCACGUUAUUGGCCAGUACUAUCAAAUGAUUCGACUGGGCAAGAGAGGCUAUCGCAGCAUCAUGCUCAACCUCACCCGGACAUCUGACUACCUGGCUGCUCAGCUCCGAGCGCUAGGCUUCAUCAUCAUGUCGCCUGGUGGUGGUCGAUCCCUCCCUGUGGUUGCAUUCCGUCUUGACCCCGACAAUGAGCAGAUGUUUGACGAAUUUGCAAUUGCCCAUCAGCUUCGAGAACGUGGCUGGAUCAUUCCCGCCUACACAAUGGCCCCUCACAGCGAGAGCCUCAAAUUGAUGCGUGUUGUGGUCCGUGAGGACUUUAGCAAGCAACGCUGUGAUUCUCUGGUGACUGAUAUUAAGAUGGCAUUGCAAGUGCUCGGAGAGAUGGACAAAAAGACUAUGGAGCGUUACCAGGAACACGUAAAGAAGCACCACACCAAAACAGGUAGGACCGGCCAUAAUAUCGGUGCUUACAAAGAUGAGAAGCACUCUCUUCAGGGCAAACACGGGAAGACCCAUGCUAUUUGCUAA